AACCACCGAGCUAUUAACAUCUCGAACCUUCUCCUAUCAUGACAUCUAGAUUCUAGAACUAGACGAAACUCUCCGGCGGUUUAAGCACCGUGAAAGGCCCGCCAAAUGGACCCAAUCCGUCCGCCAUCGGAGAUAUCGCGUGCCGAAGUUUGUUCGAAAAAUGAUAAGCAGUCGAGGGGCGUUACCGUCGUUAUGCCCUCCGUCGCGCUUCUUCUCGAAUAGCCCAGCUUUUAUCACCUCCCGGUACGCUCACCCCUCGCCGUCCGGUCUCCUCUCCAUGGACCGUUGGACCGGAGUGCUCAAGGUCUCCCUCGGCCCCAAUAAUGGCGGCCCCUUCUUCAGAGUCGCUGCGUCCCUCCUCCUCUCCCACUCCGACAAAGCCCUUAUCGUUCCUUCUGUGAAUGCGAUCUUCUUUAAUGGCGACCGGAUCGAAGGCACCGGGAACCCGGUGAUCGAGAGGCUAUCGGAUUCGAGGAACAUCGCCGAGCUCCUCGUCUCGAAGCUGGGGGAUUCCGCCAACGCUUGGGUUGUGGAUGCAUCCACCUUCAACGGGCCUUUCGCGGUUUAUAAGGAGUUCAUACCGUCGGUGAACUCUCGAGGGGAGCCGAAACGUUAUGAUCCUCAUGGAUUCCCGGCUUCGUCUUCCAUUGUUGCAAUCUUAUCUAAGUGCGUCGAAGAGGUGAAAAGUUUGAUUUCAUGCAGUGUAACAAAACAAAUGCCGACAGACGUGCAUUCUCCUGCAUCCACAUCACCAACUCCACCCAAAACAAUCAUCCUUGGAUUUAGCAAGGGUGGGACUGUUGUCAACCAGCUUGUGACUGAACUUGCACACCUUAAUACCGAACCUGCAGGAAACUCGAUGAGCAGUGAGAAACCUUCAUCUAGAUUAUCUCAGGAGAUCCAAGAUUGCAUCUGUCCUAUUUCUGAAGGCUGUCUUUUGUUCAGCAUCUCCGAGUUUCAUUAUGUGGAUGUUGGAUUAAAUUGCACUGGAGCAUAUUUGACUGAUCAUACUGUGAUCAGAAAGAUUGCCGAGCACUUGUUGCUUUACGAUGCAAGUAUUCGUUUUACACUCCAUGGCACUCCCAGACAGUGGUGUGAUCGUCAUCGCCCUUGGAUCUGCAAGGAGAAAGACAUACUGCGGCACUUGCUUGAAGAUGAAGCUCGCAGAUGGGAAGGAAAAUUGAAGGUAACUGAGAGAUUUUAUUUUGUCAAUAGCCCCCCCAAUUUGCAGAUGCAUUUUGAAAUAAUUGAAACUAUGGAUAUAAACUGAUGUUUGUGUUAAGCAUAAAGACAAUAUGGCAUGUUCUGUAAAGUUUAGUAAUUAUGAAAACAAAUGUAAGAAGUCAAAUUGAUUCAGCGCUCUUUCUCUUUUUGGGACCCUUUCAUUAA